CGAAGAAGGUUCUCUUUUCUUUAAACGUGUAUAAGGCGUUUUGACGCAAUUCGAUUAAAGUGCGUGGACAUUUUUUCGAUUCGGUUUUCUGUUCUUUCUUUUUCUUUCGUUUCGUAUGCAGGAAAAUGUAAAACGCGAGAUCUUGGAAACGGGUCUGCUUUAACUUGGUCUAUUUAUAAAACCAUGGUUCUUCGAUGUUUCGCCAGUUUUGCAUGUGACAACGGUCUGUCGUGUUGUUUAGUUUUUUUAUUUUAAUUGAUUUUAUCAAGGACUUUAAUCAAGUUCGUAAUUUUUUUUGGAAUCAAUGUGUUCAAUUGGAAAGAAAAAUUUAAUCGUUUUUAUUACUUUUAUUUAUUAUUUACAUUACUUGGAAUCUUUAACAAAUGCUCGACCUGAACAAAUAACACCACGAACAUCCCUAAAUAUCACGAACAUCACCAAAAGCGUUUCUCCAUCUGAAAGGAUUGUAACAUCAGUAAGAAUAUUGGCAAAGCCAAAAAUUCGACGAGGUGGUGUCUCUCAAAAGUAUCGUCAGCAAUCAUCAAACAACCAAGCAAUAAUUUUCCCGGAUGAUGCGGACGAAGAUGACUCAAUAAUAACUCCAAUAAAACCAUACGAAAGACCGUCAUGCGCGAAAGGAUCAACUUAUUGCGAGAAAAUCGAUGGUUAUCCAUCGGAUUUGGUUGAGAGAAUGUUACAAGUGCCCAGUCCUUUGGAAAAUUUAUUCGGUAUUGAUGAUGGACCGGAUGAAAUAGCCAACCGAUUGGGUGAUGAUGAGGACGUUUCUCUCUGCCAAACUGUAGACAGAAUGAUUUUUCCCAAAAUAGCCAAGACCAAGAGUAAUAAAUGGAAGUAUAUUAUUAAUCAAGAUGGGAGCGAUAAAUAUGUUCAAGGAAUUCGGGUUGAAAGCUGUUUAAAUCCUGGUCAACCCUGUUCAUUUUUAUCUAACGAAACGUUGGGAUAUACAUCUUAUUGUAAACAGAAAUACGUUUAUAGAAGAUUAAUUAGUUUAUCUGAAGAAGGACAACCCACUACUGAUGUUUUUGAGGUGCCUUCAGCUUGUUGCUGUUCGUAUAAAAAAAUACCUUUGGAUCGUUUAUCUUUUGAGUGAAUUGGAAAGGAAAAUCAGAAGAGAAUAAUUUUUUUAAUUUAAAAACUUCAAUUUGUAUUUUGUAAAUAUGUAUUUAUAAUUAUCUUUUAAACCUCAUUUUUAUUAAUUCUAGUUGAAUUGUUUUAAACCUUACCUAUUUAUUACUUCCAAUAAAAACUAAUACAUUUA